AAACGUCAAAACGUCGUCUAAGCUGUCGGGAUUCGGCAAAAUUGGUGUCCGGAGGCCGACUUUGGCGAGGACGUUAUGUAAGUUGGAGGCUUCGGGACAUCGUGGCUGAAAACCUUUCGCGCAUGAAACCCCCGCGAGCUCGAAUCUUCAGUUUAUUUAUGACUCUGAGUAGCGGAUAUAAGCGCACUGUCCGAAAAUAGGUAGUCCGAGUCCCAGCAAUUGAUAAGUAGAUGGAUCGGCGCUCUAGCCAUCACAUCACCAUCACGCACUCAAAUCCCAAUCAGGCGACUCGCGGACGCGUGCCUUUUCCACUUUCCUCCCCCUCCUCCUCCUCUCCUCCUCCGCACUUCUCUUUCUUGGCUGCCUGGAUGAAAUCACCGGUGCUUCCCCGCGGAUGGGCCAUCGUGGGCGUGCCACGCUACGCCGCAGACACCUUCGACCCGACACACCGCUAUGUCACUUCUCCGCUAUUCCCACUGCCGGUUUUCGCCGCCCUGCGGUCUCUCAUCGCGCUGUACGCCCUUUGCACGAUAUGCACGACGCUUGGGCUCGAUGUCGCGGAGGGAUCUGGGCCGAGCUUCCUAAGCUUCUUCACGGACCUGUCCUACAUCGGACUUACAGCGUACUAUAUCGCGGCCGCUGUUCAGACGGUCGGGUACGCGCGGUAUGGCAGCCGUGGCUACGUGCUGCAGAGGUGGCCGAGAGCGCUCCAAGCGGCCCAUGUGCUUUUGCAGGGUACCAUAACGACCUUCCCGUUCAUCGUGACGGCGGUGUUCUGGUCUCUUCUAUCUAGUCCGUCGACAUUUGCCACCAAAAGAACAGCAUGGGGCAACAUCUCGAUCCACGCGCUCAACAGUGUCUUCGCGUUUUUCGAUCUCGUCUUCACUAAUGUGCCGCCGGCCCCGUGGAUAUCUUCGGUGGUUGGUAUCGUACUGCUUGGAGGCUAUCUGGGUGUCGCCUACAUCACCCACAAGACACAGGGAUUCUACACAUAUGGAUUCUUGGACCCACAGACACAGCACGCUACUCUCGCAGCAUACAUCAUCGGCAUUGCCGCUGGCCAGAUCAUCCUCUUCUGCAUCGUGCGGGGCAUAGUAAUGCUUCGCCAGAGGCUAUGCGAACGCUUUGGCCGAGUCGAGAUGGCUCAGCAGCACGACCCGGAGACGCUCGACCAGUGGGAAGAGGUCGAGGUCCCUGCGGCGAUGAAGGACGAGCAGCAAGACAGCGGUUCGUCCCAGAAGAACAGUGGACUCAGUGACUCUGCGGUUUGAAUUCUCUGUUGCUCAUGUCAUGCCUGUGUUACGUCCAUCCAUCCAUCUUACGACCAAGCCAAAAGACAUUUAGUGACAAAGACACUACGUAUAAAAGAGAUUCCAAACCUUUCCAUUCGUUCUCGUUACUCCUUAUUGUAUUUGGGAUUAGUUAAAUAGCUUUCGUACUAGCUCUGUGUUCUCCACUCUUCAUACGCGGAAAUCAUGCAGGCUUUAUCGAUAAGAUCUAGCACCCUCACGCAUGGAUUCAUGCAUCAAUCAAAAACACAUCCAAACCACCUCGUCGGCUCGUCAUUGACGACCAUGCCUUCUUCGACUGUCUAUCCACCCUAAUGCGGAAUGCGAGAUUGUCUCCUGGCGUCUGCAGACCCGCUUCAUCUCCAGUCGCCUUCUAUUCCACCUUCGCGCUCAAGCGCGCACUACUCUUCCCUUGAAUUGACGUGUGCUACAACCUACUAGAUCGCGUCCUACCUCCUGCGGUUCCAUGCAAUCUGCGCUGAGGCAGGGAUCUACAUAUGUCGUUUACGGACAGAGUUAUGUUCCUGAAUCUUGAAGCUAUUGAGUUUCUCCUAUCUCAACUCUGCUUUCCUUCUCUCACAGGCAAUCUAUUCUACCCCCAUUACAUUGUCUUUCUUCACACCUACGCGCCGCCGCUCCUUUUAAAUUACUGUCUUUACGGAAACACAAACCAUGAUUGUGCCCUCGCCCAGUUCCCCCGAUGCAAACGCGCCCCCUGCACACGCCGCGUCUUUCCUCGGGCGCACUUGGACGACACCGCAGAUCCACGAUCUUCUCAGGACCUGCGCGGUGUUUAUAGGCGUUGGCUUGCUCGUGUGUGCUCUGGCGAUGUCCUGGCGGCGGGUGAUGGUUAGACGGCGGGAGGCACGCCGAGCUGCGCGUAGCCGCCCGUUUCACCUCAAGCCUCUGGUGAUAGUAUCCGGCCCAGUGCAGCCGUUCUCGCAGCGUCCUGGCCCAGCUCUGUCGAAAUCAUCCGCCUGCACCGAAUCUGAGAUCGACCUCCAAGUUCUCCCACGCACAGCUGCCGCUGCCCGCCCGCCCGCGUUGGUCUUGAAUCCGGCGGACGUAUGGAUAGCCACUGCUGGGCUGCAUGCCGCUGCCGACGCGCUCGUGGGCACCCAUCCGUCUGCGCAGCCGCUGAUGGCGCGCGUUGAAGUGCAUGGCGCGGUAGAUGUGAACGACGCGGUGCGCCGCGAAGGUGCGGUCAGAGCCUGGGAGAAGCACCACCGCGAGCUGGCGUGGUUCGCGGAGACGAGGGCGCCGGUGGGGCUAAUCGCUGGUGAGAAGGCGCGUGCGUCGAGUGGCGGUCGUGUCGUCCUCGGACCAGUGCACAACAACUGUCCAGCUUCAGCGCUCAGAUCGAAGGUGGCGAGGAACUCCAAGGGGAACUCCGAGAACACGAGCAAAGUCCAGACGCAUCGCCGGCUUCGGCCGCUGUCGCGAUAUGCAAUGGAAAACGCGGCGCGAGGAGGGGCGGUCCGAGUUGGGCGGCAAGUCUUUGUAGGAAAAGAAAACCUUGGCUAGUUGACUUGAGUUAUUCUGCUGUCAUAUCUCAGUGAUUAGUGCCUGUUCCUCGGAUAUACCACAAUGCAUCCUCGCGUCUCAUCCUCACAA